AACAGGUGUUCCCUCUGCUCAAUGGAUACCAAUUCAAAAGACAGCGAGCCCUUUGAAACCAAGGAGCCUGCUGUUAAUGCUGAAAAGGCCUCUUUCCCUUUGGGAAAUGGGAAUCUUGUAACAUCCCAGAAGCCUGCAGCUGAAGUGAUUCCUAAUCCUGGCACACCAGAUAAUUUCAAAUCCCCUUUGGACUUCUCCACAGUAACUGUACAGCAAUUGGGAAUUACGCCUGAAAGCUUUGUAAAGAACUCUGCAGGAAAGUCAUCAUCCUGCCUUAAAAAAUCCAGACGACGUUCUACAGUUGGUGUUCGGGGCUCUCCUGAAACAAACAAUCUGAUUCGUUUCAUUGCUCAGCAGCGGAAUUUAAAGAAUGCAGAGAAGUCUCCUUUGACACAGGAUUUCCCUUUUCCGGGCAGCCCUGUAUUAUAUCGAAAUGUUACUUCUUUAAAAGAGCGCAUAUCUGCCUUCCAGUCGGCUUUUCACUCCGUACAGGAAAAGGAAAAAAUUACUGACUGUCCUGAGUUCUCAGAGGCAGAGGGGUUCCAGACAACAGGCUUGACCAAAAGGGAAAGUCUUGGUGAAUGUCAGCAGUUUGCGUUCCUUGCACGGUUAUCCAAACGUCGGAGAAUAUCUUCUCAGAGCAAUUCUGAUGAAAAUCUAACUAAUGCAGUUGGUCCCCAGAUGUUUGUUGUUGCUACUCCUUCCAGUACAGACAGAACAUGCGCUUUUCAAACUUCUCUUGUAGAUCUUUCUGAGAAACUUUCUGAACCUGGUUUAACACAGUCUGGAUGUUUAGUUGAAGAAUCUGUUUCACUUCCUGAGCUCACAGAGGCUUCAGCUGGAAUCAAGGUUGCUGACCGAAUAGAGGACAAAGGAUCAGGUGAUGCUGUUUCACUUGACAAAUUAACAGGCACAGCUCCCGAAGUGGGGCCACUGGUUACUCCACUGUGCAAGAGGGACAUCCCGCCCUCCGAGACCUCUGCACUCCGUUCUGUGCUGAAGAAACCUUCUGUGAAGCUGUGUGUAGAAAGCCUGCAGGAACACUGUGACAACCUCUGUGAUAAUGGGACUCAUCCAAACUUAAUCUCAACUCUUGCAAACUGUUGCAAAGAACAAAAAGCAGAAGGUCAAGAAAACUAUAAGGUACCAGCCUCUAUAAAUAUGAGGAAGAGGAAGAGAGUUACUUUUGGAGAGGACCUAAGCCCUGAAGUAUUUGACGAAUCUUUGCCAGCAAAUACUCCAUUGCGUAAAGGCGAAACACCUGUUCGUAAAAAGGAUUUAAGUACUGUCAGUCCCUUGCCACUUGAGCAAUCAUCAGUUCCCUCGCAGUUGCCUCAACCAAAUUUUGAUGACAAGGGGGAAAAUCUUGAAAACAUAGAACCUCUUCAGGUAUCAUUUGCUGUUUCGAGCCCUCUUAGUAAGUCUUCAAUCUCUGAGACUCUCUCAGGCACGGAUACAUCUGCAAAUAACCACGAGAAAAUACCUUCCUGUAAAGACGGUAGGAGAACACGGACCUCUAACAGAAGAAGCCAAUUGAUCAGUUUUGCAGGAGAUAGUGUUUGCAACUUACUUAAUACAGAAGCUCAGCCUUGCCAAGAAAAGAAAAGCAAGAGGAGGAAAUCUCAAGAAAGCAAGUGCACAGACAGAGUACGUCCUAAAAAGAAGCCGGUUUUAAAAAGUUGCCGAAAGAAGAAAGCAAGAAGAAAGAAAGGCGUUGAGAAGACUCUGUAUGGGGAAAGAGACAUUGCGUCUAAGAAGCCGCUUCUAAGUCCUAUUCCUGAGCUGCCUGAACUCUAUGAGAUGUCGCCUUCAGUUCCAAGCGUCCGCCGGAAGUUUUCAGAUGAUUUCAACUCAAAUGGUGAACUGGAAGAAAGGAAGCCUCCAGAAAGAAAGAGCCGUCUCCCUCAGCACUCAGACUUGAAUCCAGAGUCUAAUAAGCACGGUGUGUCUGAAUUCUGCAGCUCUCACAUAAAAAGUUCCUUGUUGCUUAUUAAUUCCACUUGUGAUCAAGAUUCAAGUAUACAUACUGUAGGAAUCUGUACAAGUAAAAUUAUUCCAAAAGCAGAAAUUAGGUGGGAAAGUGAAAAUGACCUAAAAACUGGGACGGAGAAUGAAAGCAGUCAUGUUUCUUGUGCUUCUGUGGCUGAAAAACCCAUUGUAUCGGAUGGUUCACAGCCAGCUUUUCUCAUGCAGCCCCAAGAAUUUUCUGCUGCUGAUCAGAAUGUGGAAAACCACUUUCACAUGAAAGUUCCAGGUGAUAUACAGUGUGAACAACAGGAUGACUUCUUAAGAGCUACUGAAGGAAAACUGCAGGCCAAGUAUUUACUAUCUGGCUCACCAAAAGAAUGUGGUUAUUCAGAGGAUGUCUUAACUGACAAUAGAAAAGAAAAGAAAAGUCAAAGUCGGGAUGUACGAAGAAAGUCAGCAGCAAGUGGCAGUGGUGGGAGCUGUGAACAGAAACGUAGAAGACGACGCUCUGUGUGUUAUCCUGAUGGUCAAAGUUUACACUUAGAAACUGAUGGAAGUCACAAACCUUCCUACAGUGUGGGCAGCUCUGUCGAAAUUAGUUUGGAAAAUUCUGAACUGUAUAAAGAUUUAUCUGACUCCCUAGAGCAAACCUUUCAGAGAACCAAUCGGGAAACAAAAGUCAGACGUAGCACAAGGCUACAGAAAGAUUUGGAAAAUGAAGGACUUGUAUGGAUUUCACUUCCACUUCCUUCCACUUGCUGCCCUUCCCAAAGAACCAAAAGGAGAACAAUGCAUACAUUUGACAGCAGAGGACUGGAAAUGUCCCCCAGAAGAAAAGCUGUGUCCCGACAACCACCAUGUCCACUCUACUCCACAUCAGAUCAAGAAAACAGUGAGGGCUUAGCAGCGAAUUCUUCCACUUUCCCUCAGAGAAGGAGGAAGAGCUUUUGUACAUCUGCACUUGGAAACAAUGAGAAUACUAUCAGAAUGCUGAACAGGAAGAACCUUCUCAGCCAGAAGGGAGAAAGCUCUCUAAAGGACAUCGAGAGCAUUAGCCAUAUCGGAGAACUGCGGAAUAACUGACAUCUGUGGAACCUUUGGCCAGAGAGAAGGUAACUGUCCGUGCUUAAAAGAUUCUUCCUGGCUCCUGGUAUCUGUGCGAUUUCAGUGUUUUCAAAGUUUCAAAUAAAAUCACUUGAGUUGAACCUA